GCACACAUUGGCACGGCGCUGCGCCACGUCUGGGACCGUAUUCGAUCCCAGGAGUCCAAGGAAGCCGUCCUGGGCUGUGUGUUGUGCCUUCUCAACAUGCACAAGAAGGUGGAGACCUGAGCUCUCCCUUCACUUUCUGUUCAACUCACCACUUGCCUGCUGAACAGACUGGACAAACAGCGCUGGUGAGUGAGUAGUGGUGUACAAAGGGAUGUGACAGACUUUUUUCAAUGUACAUUUGGACUUCAGCAUUUUUUGUUUUCUUAUCUGGACACUGGCAAUGUCUGAAAGCAUAGUAAGGAAGGUUCAGCCCUUCACGAUUGGGACGAGGCUGUCAGUCCCGGCUGUGCCAAAAUGCCAGGAGUGUACACAAAGUUAUCUGCAGAGCCAGAGUUUGGAUAACUGCACUCUACAGCACAACCUGAACUCACUCUACCUCAGUCGAUCCCAGGUCUGCACACGCGGCCCCUGUCUCGUCUCACCCAUGGUCAAGCAGGUAGCCCCUGUGAAGCACAACCAGGAGGAUAUGGCAGCUGAGGACCAUCUGAACCAGAACGUUGCCUCUUCCUCCGCCGUCUCCCGGUCCAUCAAGAAGAUAACGAUCUCUGGAAGUAGAGAAAGAUCGGAGAACAAUGUUUCAGUGGGACCAAUACAGCUUUCAAUCACAGGGUCCACAUCCGAAAACAACAAUAACAACAACAAUGUCACCAGCACCUCAGAUACACAUCUGCCCCGGAUUGUGGGUGUGAGCUGUGAGAAUAAACCUGGUUCUCACUUCAAGGUUUUACUCAGAAAAGACAGCAGUGAGGAACUUCAGCCAGCAACGGGACAAACCCAGCCGAAACUAAACGGAGAAAAAUACGUCCAACAGAUAUCAGUGCCUGAAUCGCAUCACAAAGAGACGCAAAGGAAAGAAAGUCAUCCACACACGCAGAAUGAAGCAUCCGCAGCUGUUCCCACGUCCCAAAGCGACUGCUUCACUCAGCGCUACUCACUUUUCCACAAGGAAGUACUGCAGGCAGAGGCGUGGAUCAAAGGCAAGCUGCGGGACCUGAAGGAUGGAUGUAAUAUUCAGCGCUGCCCCCUGCAGGACUGGGGGGAAGCCUCGCAGACGCUCCACAGAGACCUCAAAGACUUUGAGAACACCCUAAUACAACUCAACCAGAUGGGUGAGCAGCUGAUCUGCAAGCUAAACCCCACCUCUGACCUGGUGAAGAAACAACUCAGCCAGCUCAGGGACAUGUGGCAGACCCUCAAGCAGACGGCCGCAAAUCAGACGAGGGCGCUGGGUGGAGCCAAGAACCUGCAGGAGUUCAACAAGAAAGUGGACAAGCUGGAGGCGUGGAUCAAAGACAAGCAGGAAGACGAGCAGUCUCUGGUGAAUGUCCUCGGGGAACAUGUUGACAAAAUGCAGCUGACCAAGAGGAUCUUAGAUCUAAAGCAGGAUGAGCAGCUAUACGGAAACCUCCACGAGGAGAUCAACCACUUGGCCCUAAAACUGGAGAAACAGGGGAAGACGGAUGGGAAAAACAUCUCCAGCAAGAGGAAACACAUCAAUAAAAUGUGGCUGAAGGUCCAGUCACAUCUGAAAAACUACCAUGAGAAUCUUCAGCUGGCACUGGAGGUGUCCUCGUUCUACCAGCAGGCUGAUGACACGUUGCUUGCUAUUAAUAACAUGAGGAAGAGCACGUCUGAAUCCAAAGAGCUGGACAGCGUCGGAGAUAGAGAAAUACGCGACAUCGCCAGUCAAAUCAUGAUGCUUGAUGUGAGCGUGUCCCAGGUUUCUAAUCUCCACCCCGCCCUGGCUGCCGGCGUCACGCAGAAGCAGAGCGAGGUGAAAGACUGCUGGGCGCUUCUUCAGAGGGUUCUCAGGAGUGACAGGACUGUGCUCUCUCCCACCGGCUCCGCUUUCACCAGGGAAGAUGCUGACCCCCUGACACCGGCCCGGGAACCCCAGAGCAACGUGGGAACGGAGACGCAGAGGCUCAUGGGAAAGGAGGUGAAGGAGGAGCAGAAUCGGCUGAAAGGCUGCGUGAGUCCUGUUGAAUGUGGGAUGGGUAGGAGGACACCGAGCAGCCUCAGCCAGGAUCAGCCAUCAGGGAACCACACCUCGUCGCCCACGGGAGGCGGUCCUGCCUCCGCAAAUGAUGUCAUCGUCCGACAUCAAUUAAAGGGGGAAAGCAGGAAGCCCAGAGCAGAGCCCAGGCUUGCCACCGCCACACGAGGCCACCCACAGCUCCCCUCGCAGCUCCAGAAGUUCACCGUGUCUGCUGACAAGACUUUGUCCUGGCUCAAAGACAACGUGUCCAUGGCCACGCAGGUGUGCUCAAUAGCCAGCUCUGAGGGCCUGGAGGCAGCCAGGAGGUGUCAGCACGCUCUGCAACAAGAAAUCCUGACCAACAGGGCCAGGAUAGAGGUUGUCAAACGGGAGGGCCGCGGGCUGGUCCGUGCACAGCACCCGGGCAGCGCCAAGAUAGAGGAGUUCCUGGGCCAGCUGGAGGUCCUAUGGGAGGAGCUGCGGAGGAGGCACCAGAGGAACAACGCGUUUCUGCAGGCCUCAGAGGAGCUGGGCUUCAGGGUUGUUAAAGUGCUCCAGGCCCUCGGCAGCCUGGAGGCCUGGCUGGAGUCCGUGGAGCUCUCUAUGAAGGAGUCUGCUCUCGCCGGUGACCCCGAAACAAUGAGCAUGGCCGAGAGGGAGAGCUGUCUGCUGGAGAAAGAGGUGGUAGCUCGCAGCCUGGAGCUCGGAGCUCUGAGGCAGGAGGUGGAGCGCCUCCACAGCGCCAGUCACCCCCACACACGGAGCCUGCCGGCACGCAUGGAGGAGGUGGAAAGAGAGUACCAUCGUGUCCAAAGUGCCCUGACCCAGCAGAACUCCGAGCUGCAGGACACACGGAUGCUGACGGAGUUCUUGGAGCGCGUGGAGCUGGAGGAGAGCCAGGAGCUCAGCGGGAGUCGCUACAGCCUCGGUCAGCCUCUUCACAGUGAGAUCUCCUCAGCUCCUACACUACUGGGACUCCAAAGCAGUGGCGGGAGUGAGCCCCUGAUAGAAAGCAUGGGAGACCCUGUGGAGGAACUAAGAGAGGCCGUAGAGAUGCUCAAUGACACCGUUAGGGAGAGGGGCCGAUCACAGAGCCACGACCAGGCCAUCCAGGAGCUGCUGAGCAAGCACGCCAGCCUGGCGGUGCACGUGGAGGAGUGCUUGAGCUGCAGCAAGGAGCUGAGCCUGGACAUCCUGGAGAAGGAGACAGACAUGGCCGUCCAGUGUGAGCCCGACCGCUGCGGCCUGGAGGCUCUGCAGGAGAGGCAGGACCUCCUGGAGAUUGACUAUGAAGUCAUCAGGGAGGAGGUGAAGGAGAUGGAGAGCCAGACCUCUCGUUUGGAGGAGCUGUGCCCGGAGAGAGUGCACGUUCUGGAGGCAAAGAUCCGGGCCAUGCUGCAGGGCUGGACGGAGCUGGGGAGGAGUGUGGCGGAGAACCAGUCCCGUCUGCAGGAGUUUGUGCAGCUCCAGGACUUCUUCAGGAGCUACCUCGCCAUGAUCUCUUGGACUGAAGACACCAGGUCGUGCAUUUUCUCAGAUACCGCCUUGCAUCUUGGGAAAGACGGGCAGAGGCCACUCGCUGCUGGGCUGGACUUGCAGAUUGAGCAAAAGUUUGAAGAGUUUGAUGAGCUGGCGGACACGGGGAGGAACCUUUUAGACAAAGGACACCACCUCAUGCAGAUGGUAAGAGAGCGCAUGGAGGAGCUGAGGAGCAUGCUCGGCUGGAUCUCAGUGCACUGGAGGGCUCAGAAACAACAGUGGCUUCACAAGAUGGGCAGAGAUGAGCCUUCACAGGAUAACAUCUAUUCUGAGGCCACUAUGUGCUCUACAUUGACAGAGAGUUCCGCUCCUGAUCGAGAGGCCUAUGAGUCCCACAUGUCCCCUGUCGUCACCUCCAUUGAAGACAGAUUACGGGCUGCAAGAGACGGCCCACCCUCCUCGCUGCCGCAGAGACAAGCUGAGCAGCAAGAGGAGAAGCAAUUCGAGGACGGGUAUGAGGUCAUGAACAGUAUCGGACCACGGGGCGGCGAGGCCCCCUCCUCAGAGUCUCCUAAAUCCUCCAUCGUGAUCCUCAAGGAGCCCGGCAGCCCCGCUUUAGGGGGCACGGUCAACCUCAUCCUGAGCUUCGGGGGGCAGGGGGACAGCCAGGUUCAGGUGUUGGAAAACACGCCUGCUAGGACGGAGGAGGUAGUGGAGGAGACGAGUGAGCCUGUCCACAGGUCUACUGCCUGUAAAACCUUUUGGAGGCGCUGCCAGGGGCUUUUGGAAAAUACUUUUGGUAGUUUAAAGCGAAAGAAAACGAUUUAUCGGCAGAGUGCAAACGAGGUAAGUACCUACUUGCAUGUGACAGAUAACAACUUGGCCGUGGCGCCUGUGUAUGAGAGCAUCACCCUGCCCCGCCAAAAGAGGCGCUCUGCAGCCUCAGCCUCCCCUACUUUCUCGGCAUCCUCCUCCUCUUCCUCCGCGACUGCAUCUCAGUCGGCGAAUGUAUCCUUCCACCCUUCAGCAGGGAGCACCUCCAUCUUCAGCAGCCUGAAGAGGAUGGGCAAGAAGAGAAAGAGGAAGAGAGACACUCGCAGGCACACGAUCCAGAAAAUCAUGGGAGUGGAGGACCAAACGGAAGGCAUGCCUUAUUACGACUGCGAGACAAUAACGUACGACACGCAUACAUGGCCACUGAAGGAAGCCAGGAGGAAGAAGGGUUCACCAAAGAGUGGGGAUGGAGUAGAAGCAAUGGCCUACAUGAAGAAUCCCCUGGUGAAAGACAUUGAUUCGGAAUGUUCAGGAGAAUACAGCAUUAUUCCAUAUGCCAUGUCAGAGAGCCCGACCACAGAUCAGGCCAGAAGCCACUGCAGGUUCCUCUCUUUGGGCUCCGUGCUGAGCUUCGAGCUGCCUAAGGACAUGACCCUCAUCCCCAGCAUUCAGGACAUCAUUACUAUCGCCCCACCAGAGACCAAAACACCAGCAGGGACUGAUCCGGACCCCCACUCGCAGAGGCAAACGGCUCUGAGCUCCUUCAAACAGACUCGACCCACUCCGUCCGUCACACGCAGUUCAGCGGAUUUUAGUCUUCCUGAAACACGGACAGUGAAAGAUCUGAUUGAUAUGGGGAACCGCUUCCAAUCACCUCCUUCUUCUACAGAUGAAGAUCAGACUGUACCAUACGAAGAAAUGUCUAAACAGCUCACCUUGCUUGAGGAUGCAGAGCAGGAGUGGGACAAAAGGUCGUCCUGUACGGCUGAAAGACAUGGGACCAGCAAGCCACCUUGCCAGCCCCCGAUUUAUGUGAAUCAAACCCAAAACACAGCUGACCUCAAACACAAAUGCCCGAGUGUCCACACGCUGAUCCGAGACCUGAACGGACACCACUACCAUAAAUGUGCAAAACCCCAGAAUGUGCUUGAAGAGAGUCCAGGACCACAGUGUCAGAGCCAAGCUUCUCAUAUGGUCGUGAAUCUGAAGUCGACAGUGAGCGUGAGCGUUCGCCAGGACUCUGUAGACUCGGGGAUCUCCACCUCCAGCAGCAUCAAGCUCUGCACUGAGGCUCCGUGUCCAGAUAACCUGCAGCCAAAGGGCGUCGUGGGGAGGCUCAUGUCCCUUCAGGUGGGGGGGAUGGACUGCGCUAAAACAAGAGAGAACACAUCUUCGGGUCCAUCGACAGAGCAGGAAACAGAGCCGGUCCUUCUCGACCACCAGCAGUUUGAGGAGGAAGAAGAAGAGCUGGAGGAUAUCUGGAACCAGACAACCAACUACAGACAGAGCAUCUGCUCAGACAUCAUGUACCAGCCCAAGCAGGAAGAGCCUGAACCCUCUGACCAAUCUAAAGAGCCCCUCUCCCGCUCACCGUCACCCAAAACCCCGGCUGUGCUCUACAGGAACCUGGUCACAGCCUCAGCCCCCAACCUCCUGGUGGCAGAGUUCAAACUGCCCCCCUACCUUCAGAGCUUGCUGGGAUACGACAAGGAGCAGAGUCCCAGAGGUCACCUCCCCCCGCUGGCCACCGGAGACAGGAAGUCCUGGGCGGCCUUCCCCAACAGGGAGCCAGCCGGGAAGAGCUCGGUGACGGUGAACGAGACGGCGUCGGACCCAGUGAAGCUGCCGGACGUGGGGGACAAUCAGAGAUACAUUUAUCAGUACAGAGAUGAGGAGGAGGAGGAGGAGGCAAAGGUGGGGGAGGAGGUGGAUGAGCUCACAGGUUCUUCCAAGUCGAUGAGCCUGCUCUCAGUACAUAUGGGUUUGGAGGGGGUCUGCCAGCAGAGGAAAGCCCCUCACAGCCUGGAGCAGCAGGAAGACUUAAUGACCACAAGAGGGCGCUGUGUUACUCUGAGUGCAAGGCCUGAGCUGCAGACUAUGGAGGGAACACUGGAGAGGAAACACAAGCUUCAGCUGGGAGGAAAGAAAGCUGCCUCCAGAGGAUGGAACUCGUACCACGCCGUCCUUUACAGACACACCUUGUGCUUCUACCAGGAUAGGAAGGAUACACUGAGGAGUUCUGUCUGUGGCCUGCCGCUCAACCUCCUCGGAGCGGAGUGCUCCCCGGCUCCAGAGUACACCAAGAAACCCAACUGCUUCAGACUGCGGCUCCGUGAUGGCUCUGAAUAUCUGCUCAAUUCCUCCUCACGCUUUCUGAUGAAGAAAUGGAUGAUGAAAAUACAUGCAAACACGGGUCGCAGUGAGACUUCAUUAUCAAGUUUCCUGGCUGAUCAAGGCCUCCCUAACUCCUCAAAGCCCUUCCUCUGCUCCCAUUGUCCCGGCCCCUCCACAUGCCGCUGCCCCCCCCGCCAUGAGGUCACCUCCACGUUCCCCAGGCGCAAAACCCACGGCGCCGCCCAGACCAAAGAGAUAGUGGUCCUCACCCGAGAGUUCAGUCACAUGACGCAGGGUCAUCUGAAGAGUGUGGAUGAGCAGACCCCCAGCUCACAUGGAGGCUGCUGUGAUGAUGAUCAAGAAGACACUUUAAAGCAGUCACUGACUCACAGGCUGUCUGGAGCAUCCAGAGACAACACCUCUUCCUCCCCUCUCUCCCCCGUGUCCGGGGGUGAGGACUGGCUCAGCAACAAGCGGCGCUCCCACUCCUUCACAUCAGCCACGUUUCAGAAGAUCAAGCCCAUGUUGCCCCCCCCCUGCAGGCAGAGUCCCGGAGAGAGGCUCCAACUACUGCGUGACUCUUGUAGUUGGAGACAAGUCGCCAGACUCUGAGCCCCCGCUGAUGGCUGCAGCCGGGUGGCAGCAGGACCCCCGUCAGCAGGACCCCCUUCAGGACUCUUCUCUGAGGAGCUUCUCCAGCCUGCCGCGGCCUCGCAACAAGUCCGUCUUUAAAAAGUUCUUCUGUAAAAAGGACCUCUGAGUUUUUACUUAUAAAAGGUUUUACAAAUUGUUUCUAAUGUGCAGUGCACAUCUUUGUUGAAAAGCAACAAAAAACGCCACUACUGACUAUAUUUAUGAUGGGAAGAGCUUCCAUGGUUUUAUGUUUGAUGUGUUUUGUCUUAAAUCAUUUAAGUCUUUUUUAUGAGUGUUUUUAUAUUGUUUUAUCACGUAAACGGAACAAUACUGUGUGAGUGUGCACUGCGUAAUUGAAGAUUAGAUUUAUUGAAACACGUUUUCUCAACAGUCUUAUUUCACAUUUCCUUUUCUAUGCUUCUGGAUUGUUGUGUAUUAAGUCAAGCUUUCUUCUCAGUGGAGGAUCAGUUUAGAAACUAUAUAAAAGAAUAAUCACAGUGAGUAGUAGUAUUAACAAUAUCCUGAACUCAUGACACUAACAUGUACAGCGUGUGGUGCACCAAAUCAUUGUUUUCUUUUCUUUUUAAUCAGCAGUUUGAUACUGCCUGAGCUUGUUUGAUUUGAACACUUUUUAAAUACAAAUUAUAGCAAAGACUAUUCAUAAUAAAACAUUGAAAACCAA